GAAUUGCGUGGCUGUGCGGGUUGCAGGAGGAGGAGGAGGCUGUAGAGAAAAACUGACACGUGGAUUACUCCUCCUCGGGGCACCAGGAAAAACAAGACUCCCUCCUCCAGCUCAGUUCCGUGUCCAUCGCUUGUGAUCUUGUUAGUCCAGUUUUCUCAGGAUGUGGUUUUAAAUCUGGAGACAGUUUGCAGAAAACAAGGUUUCUCUGUUUGUUUUAUCUUCUCCCUCAGCGUUUACUUUUCUGUCUGAUCGACCAGGAAAUAGACCGAAAGUCAAAUAGCCGAAGCGGUUGAAAGGAGGCUGCUGUUACCUCGCGUUGAAUGGCAGUAAUUCAAAAAUAUGGCAAGAACUAUAGUCCAGAUUUGGUCUGUCACAAGGAAAACCAUCCGUCUGACAAGAUCGGAGUGCCUGGUUGUCAUAAGAAGUGGCCUGAACACAACACCAACUGGUCGAGGCCAGUGGCGAGGGUAUGGACAGUGGUGCUACUGCUCGGGACAUGUCUCCUCUACUGUGCCCGUGUGGCGAUGCCCAUCUGCGCCGUCAGUAUGUCAGAGCAGUUCAAAUGGAGUAAGAGGGAGUCCGGCAUGGUUCUGGGCAGCUUCUUCUGGGGCUACUGCUUCACCCAGGUGCUCGGGGGAUACGUCAGUGACCGGGUGGGUGGAGAGAAGGUCCUCCUUCUAUCUGCAGCAGCCUGGGGGUCGAUGACAGCCUUCACACCCGUCUUGGCACAUUUCUGCUCCCAGCCAAUCCUUUCUAUGACUCUGGCCCGCUUCCUCAUGGGCCUGUUGCAAGGAGUUCAUUACCCUUCACUGGCGAGCCUUUGCUCUCAAAAGGUGGUGGAGAGUGAGAGAGGUUUCCUCAUGAGCACUGUGGGUAGUGGCUCCUACCUGGGCACCCUGGUGAUCGGAGGGGCUGGCUCCCUCAUGCUGGACCUGUAUGGCUGGGAGAGUGUUUUCUAUGUGUCUGGUGUGCUCUCAGUCCUGUGGGCCUACUGCAUGUGGAAAUAUCUACUCAAAGGAGAAGGGCCUAUCAUCACGCUAGAGUCCCUGGGAAGUGGUGGGCCCCAGUCCAAACUGACCAAAAGACAUUGGUUACGUCUAUUGAAACAACCUGCAGUCUGUGCUGUGAUUGUUACACACCUUUGCACAGCAAGCACCUUCUUCACUCUGUUGUCGUGGCUGCCAACAUUCUUUAAAGACACUUUCCCUGACGCCAAGGGUUGGGUGUUCAAUGUCAUUCCCUGGUUGGUGGCCAUUCCCUCAUCCCUCUUCAGUGGCUGCCUGUCUGACCACCUCAUCAGUCAAGGAUUCGAUACAGCUUCAGUGAGGAAGUUGAUGCAGUUUUUUUCCAUGGGGGUUUCCAGUGUGUUCACCCUUCUUCUGUGUGGUACCACCACCUUCCCCUCAGCUGUAGCAUUUGUGUCUGCCACCAUGGGCCUCACCACCUUCAGUCACAGUGGUGUAUCUGUAAAUGUUCAAGAUCUUGCUCCAUCCUGUGCUGGAGCUUUAUUUGGUGUUAUGAAUACAUGCGGUGCUUUCUCAGGGGUCCUAAUGGUGUAUUUCUCGGGGUAUCUCAUCGAGACCACAGGCUCGUGGGCGUCUGUGUUUGCCCUCAUCACCACCGUUAAUCUGCUGGGUCUCUGCACCUUCCUGGCCUUUGCUGAGGCCCGCCGGGUCGACAUUGACUCUAGUAAGAUCCGCCACCACAACAUCCACAUCUAAAUCAUUAGUCAUUGGCAGGACCAGAGUGCUAUUACCUAAUGGAGGAGCGACCUUGGGCAACCAGCGGCUAGGACAUUAUCCACAUUGGAGAACUAGCCGAUGGAUAUCAAGUGAUCAGCUGAUAAAACCUGCAUACAUACAAGAUCUGGGAAACUUUGAUUGGCUCUGUGUAUGGUUGAGGAAGUACUGUAACAGUUACUGUAAAGCACACCGCAGAAAACCCUCUGCACAAUGUUAUAGAAAAAGCUUGUGAAACUAAAGCUUUGAUUCCUAAAGGAACAUAGCUCCAUUAAAGGGUUCUCUGUCAGUUCAUGGAUGAUGUGGACCAGUAAAGAUACCUCCAGUACCUUGUGCAGUAUGUGGUGGUUUAACAGUUCCUGGUUUACUGUUUACGCUUGUUAUUUCUUACAGAAUGUGCUACUAAGGACGAGAAAAGUUAGAAAUUGUUAUCUGAAAGCUGUGUGUUACUGUUUUGGUGUUUUUUUGUGUGUAAGAGGAGCUCUGAGAGUGACGGAUGGUUCUCAGAAGCUCCUUGACAGCUGUGACAGUCAAGGUGGUGUGUUCCUACCCUGCGGGGAUGGGGGAGGCAAAGGGGGCACUCGUAGGUGACGCAGGGAGAGACCAGCCUCUCUUACUUAAGUCUUUUAUUAGUAUGCCCCACUCACCCAUCACAGAGAGAACUGCCUGAGUGACACCUCAUUACGCAGCCACUAAUUACUUGGCAGGCACUCUAAUGUCCUGUACGAUUUACCUUCAAUAGUCCCCAUCUCCAUGGUUACAAGCUCAUCUUAUCAUUAUAGUUCAGAGGGGGCGGAAGAGGUCAUGGAAAGCUUUAUGCAACAAGGCUUUUACUGAGUGCGUUCUCCCUGUUUGUUGUCUCAAAGAAUAUGUUUCAAGUAGGAAGACCAAAGGUUUUAAAAUAUUUUUACUUUUCUUUUAUUUGAUUGCAUGUAUAGAAAUACCUCCAUUAUUUUGAGUACCUUUAUAUUUAUAUGGUUUGAUUUGCUUGGUUGAUUUCAAAAGUUGUUUUUUGGUUUUUUUUUUGAGAAAAUAAAUAUUUUAAGUUGACAGAAAAAUAAAUAUUUUUUAGGUAAGAUAAAAACAAAAUUAUAGUAUGUUAUGAAAAAUGUGAUGCAGUAUGAGAAACCCCGUCCAGUUUUCUAAUUUAUUCUUCUUUCCUGACGUGCACGUUCCUGUCCAUAUUAUUACCUUGGUGACUUAGCAUCAUUGUUGAAUAAGUGCCAGACAGGGAGUGAUGUCAACAGCCGAGAAAGGAUUAGGGCUAGGGUUAGCGCAGGAGAGAGUUCAUUCACUUGUCUGAGCAAGUAUCUCUGUACUCUGAGUCAUCAAGGCAAUUUUACCAUUUUUCUGCCUUGCUGUAUACUGAACAUGUUACACACAUGACAUGAUGAAUGUUCCAGGACAGGUAAGAGUAUUAAAAUAACCUCAGGGGCAGUUCAGUUGAGGGAGUGGAGACAAUUUGGGGUAAUGUUAUAACUGGAAAUGUAGCAACAUCGUUCUGGGCGAAUGUUGUAAUGAUUGUUUGUAGCUUUUAGCUUUGGCACAGUUUUACUGUUUCUGUUUUACAUUUAGAUACUUACUUGUUCUUCAAAUCUAUGCAUUUAUUAUUUUUGUGCCUGAUUGAAGCAAUGAGAGAACUGUUAGAUGUGUGCAACAUAAUCACACAGUGUCAUUUAUUUAUUACUGUGUGUGUUUCAGUUGUUCUUGUGAUUCACAUACAAAGGCACAUACAGGCACUCAUGGGAUGUUUCCUUAGACAUUGUCUGUAGACACUUUGAUUUGUAUCUAUUCCGUCUGUGCAAACCUGAUUUCUGAAAUGCCCACUCCAUUCCUUACAUUGUCAUGGUCAGUUACAAGAAUGCAAAAAUAAGAUAUUAAUGGGAUUUAUUGAAACCUUUGAUUAAAGAUAUGUUUUUCAAUCAAUAUCAUCAAUCAUAUUUAGAUUGUUUGUCUUUGUGUGUUGCAAAGAAAAAUAAUUCUAUACAGAGUUAAAUUUAAUAUUUUAUCAGAUGCCAAAAGUCACUUUAAAUUUUAGUGAUCACACACAAAUCAUAUGCCCUUUGACCUUUUGUAUACACAAUUAAGUCUAUACUGUACAUGAGACCCAUGUACAGCCUUUAAAAUUAUGUUCAACCCUUUUCGUGGAACCAACACCCCACAUUCAUCAGAUGUUUGGCUUGCCUUAGCAGGUGGGCAUUAUUUACAACUGCCUUCAUUGCUUGUACUUUUUUUCUGUUCUUGUGUGUUGACAUCCUGCAAAAUGUAAAACAUUUCCAUGAUAAAUAGCUGGAGUUCUGAUCACCAACAUAUCUAACUGUAGGUUCCUGGAAGCCUUCUGACAAAGAGUUUUUGAUAAUAUGUAAGAUAUGUAUUAUAAAAUAAACCAUUACUGCAAGAAAAUGCAGUAGGUUAAAUGCUUUUAAGAUAUGUUGUAUUUAAAAGUGUAUAUUAACUUUGAAUAAAAAUAUAUUUUGUCAACAC